UUUAUUGUAUAUUCACUACUAAGAAAAAUGAUGAAGGGCAUUGUGAUCUCAAUAUUGGUUGUGCUAGCCAUGGCUCAUCUAAUGGUACAGCAAGGAGAGGCCAUUGUCAAUUGCGGCCAAGUGGACUCAAACUUGGCACCUUGCGUUUCCUACCUGUCCAAAAGGGGUAGUCUUGACCCUGCUUGCUGCGCCGGGGUGCAGAACAUCAAGAACCUCGCCCAAACCACAGCUGAUAAGCAGGCUGCUUGUGAAUGCUGUAAGGCAGCGGCGAACCGCUUCCCCAAUGUUGACGAAGUUACAGCUUCUACUCUCCCAGGCCAGUGUGGGAUUGCGAUGAAUAUCCCCAUCUCAAAGACCACCAACUGCCAGAGCAUAAACUAAGCUGGAGGUGAUCAGAAGGGCAGGAAAUAAAUCAAGAGAAAGCUUUAAGGGUUAUAUAAUGAUGCCAUUAUCUGCUCAAUUCUUGUAUUAAUAAAAAUCUCUGUAUUAUUUCCUGUCCAAAUAAUGAUUAGUUAUGGAUGAUUUGAGAGACCUAGUUAUAUAUAUUCAUUUCCCAGAUAUUUAAAA